AUGGCCAACGUACAGAAGGAACAUGUCGACGUGGAAACGGACCCGACCACGGGCGACGGGCACGAGAGAGACGCAUGGCUCCCCGGGGAAAAGUACCACUGGUUCCGAGGUGUCUUCUUCCAGGCUACGAUAGUCGGCAUCGCCGCGUUCGCAGCACCGGGGUUGUGGAACGCCAUGAACUCGGUGGGAGCGGGCGGGCAGCAGACGCCGUACCUGGUCAUGGCAGGCAACGCGCUGCUCUUCUCCCUCAUGACCGCAACGUGUCUGGCGGGUAGUCUGGUGUCGAACCGCAUCGGCCUGAAGAACACGCUCAUGCUAGGAACGACCGGCUACGUGCUGUACUCGGCGGCGCUAUACACCAACAACCGCUACGGCACCCAGUGGUUCAUCUACGUCGGGUCGGCGGCGUGCGGCAUCACGGCCGGCCUCUUCUGGGCGGCCGAGGGCGCCAUCAUGAUCAGCUACCCCACCGCGUCUUCCAGGGGCCGCUACCUGGCCUACUGGCUGUGCUACCGCAACAGCGGGAGCAUCCUUGGCGGCAUCAUCAACCUCGCCUUCAACUCGCGCGGGACCGCGGCCGGCAAGCUCGACUGGCGCACGUACAUUGCCCUCGUGGCGCUGCAGUGCCUAGGCCCUGCGACCGUGUGGCUGCUCUCGCCUCCGGAGAAGGUGCGGCGUCGUGACGGGUCCCGCGUGCACCAGCUGGUCAGGAUGAGCGAUCUCGACGAGCUGAAGGCGCUGGGCCGCGUCGUCCGCCGACCGGAGAUCCUCCUUCUCACGCCGCUGUUCAUCUACGUCAACUGGCCCCUCCCCUACAUCGGGUCGUACAUGUCGCUGUACUUCUCCGUGCGUGCCCGCGCCCUGGCGUCCCUGGUGUCGGCCCUCGCUCAGAUCGUCGCCACACUGCUCAUGGGCGCGUUUCUCGACUGGAAGACGCUGAGUGUCGCCACCCGCACUCGCUCCGCCUAUGUGCUCAUCAUGGCCCUCACUGGCGCCUGCUGGGCUUGGGGUACCGUCGUGCAGCGCGACUACACGGCCCGUUCGCCUGGUCUGGACUGGGUCGACUCUGGCUUCGGCCGCGGCUGGGCCCUAUAUAUCCUGUGGCAGGUCAACUGGGCGCUGACGUACAACUACGGCUACUGGCUCAUCGGCCACUUGGCCAGAGAGCCCGCCGAUGUGCCGAGGUUGACAAGCUAUAUUCGUGCCAUGGAGAGUGCUGGGCAGACUGUCUCGUCUGGUAUCAGCUCGACGCCUACAUCGCUACUCAUAUGUCUCGGUAUCAAUUUUGGGCUCUGGGGCGUUUCCCUUGUCCCGGCCUAUCUCGUCAUCCGCGAAAUUGGCGUUAAGCUGACGGGGCAUGACAAGGAGGAUGAAACUCAACAACAGAAGACAUUGGCAGGAUCUUGA